AGUAGACCUGGACACGUUUUUAUUGACUUUAUUCCGUCCGGUUUUUUUUUAUUUACUGUUCAUAUUGAAUUCUCAAUUAACUCACAAUAUGAUGAAGUACAUCGAACAAAAUAUAUUACUCUUGCUGGCCAUCACCUACUCUGUGCUGGCAGCCCCGCAAUAUUUAAAUGUGACAUCACAGAUUAGCACCGAGAAUGAUGUAAUCAUCCGUAAUCAUACUCAAGAUAGUCUAAAUGGACUAUUAUGCCCUCCAAUCGGACUUAGGGAUACAUUUGAGGUGUCUACAACACAAACAGCGACUCCAGUGUACGGAUUCGCUUAUAUGGAAAGAGACAACCUACUAAGUGCAUCUCCAUUAUUUCAUUUGUGGCUAGAACGUUCAAUGCUAACCAAGGGACAUUGUAUUGACAUUCAGAAUAUGGUACACAGACAAUUUGAGUGUUUGUCAAAGGAAAAUCCGAACAACAGGAUAUUAGCCGACCUAGGCUUUAAGUUUAUGUCAUUACUUGAACAUGUAGUUAAUGAAAAAUCCCAAAAUAAAAAAUCAUUCUACAGAUGUGCCAUGUACGAUGUGCAGGACAACGAGGAAGAGAAAGUACGAAUAAUACGUAUAGCAAUCUCGAAGGGAAGAAAAAAAGAAUUACAUGUAAACCAAUGCGAAGGACUCGCCAAUCUGUUGGGAGAAUAUGAACUUCCAUACGUCUCCGAGGGCCAAAGGACUUGGCUCGAUGGAUCAUUAUAUUUAUACAUGACAGGAAGAAAUCCUGAUAUCUGA